GAGGCGGCGGCGGCGGAAGCGGCGCUCGGGGCCGGGCAGGGCCGCGCUGCCGCCCCUCACCGCGGCCUCCGGCCCUCACCGCGGCCUCCGGCCCCUCCGCGCCGCCUUCCGCCCGCCCCGCCGCGCUCCGACCCGCCAUGAGCUGCCGGCAGCCGCUGCCGAGCGAGCGGGGAGCGAGACAGAGGAAGAGGAGAAGGAAUGGUAAUGAAGAUGAUGGUCACGUUCCCCAGACCAAACGUAGCACCAGGAACACUGUCCUCCAGGACUCGUGGGACACUGAGGUCGUGAGGUUUGACUUGGUGACAUCAGAGAUUGAAAUCAGGAUUGAAUCAGUUUGGAAAUCAGCAUUUCCAGUGAGCCUGGUUAUCCCUGGCCUGAAGAUUUCUGGGAAGAAAUUCCAAAUCCUGCUCUGCAGCACCCAGGGAAAUAAUUUCCUGCUGUUUCUGGUUUUGCUGUGUGGGAUGAGCUGUGACCAGAGCUGGGGAGAUGCUGAGGGUGGAUGUGACCCUGGGCUCACUCUGCCUGACCAUCAACUUUGCCUUUCCUUACAGUCAGGUGAUUUUCUGUGGGAGAAAGACAAAACACAUUCCAGGCAGGCCUUAUCUGAUGUGGGAGAAAUGCUCUGGUAGAGCUGCUCAGUUUAAGCAAGACUUGUUCACAGCUAAAACACUCAAACUCAAAACUCUUUGUGUUUUUUCUCAUAUUUUCCAUGAUUUUUUGCUGGAUGUGGGAUAAACUCUCUUGUUUUCUUACCCCUCACCAAACAGGUGUUCUUUCGGUGCAAUUUGAGAUUUUUUUCCUUAAAAAAAAAAAAAGAAAUUGCUGAUUUCCCAACUGCUGCCAGAUUUCCUGAGAUUUCACCUGGGUGAAUCACCUGAAAAUUCACCGUGAGCAACGUCCUUGUGUUGCAAAACAUUCAAUGAAAAGAGUGUGCAGAGCAGAGACUCCCUCUCUGAAGCUAAUGAAAUGAAUGAAAUUAAUUUCUUUGAAAGUUUUGGAAAUAUCCUUGGCUUUUUAGAGCCUCCUGACUUUGAGGGUGGAUUGUAAUGAGCAAUUACAGUCUGAAUUAUUACA